UGCGGUGCAGUCUUACUUCCUCUGAGUCUGUGAGAUGAAUUGAACAUACCGGUAUAGGUUUCUAAAAUUAGGGUAUUAUUGUUGAUCAGGGAAUUUAUUACUGUGUACUUUUACUGUGUGUCAUAGGGACACUGAGCGAUAAAUAGUUAACAAAUAAAAGGUUUGUGUAGAAAAAGGGUCGCCAUCUAAUGUACGCCACUACACGCAGUAAACCCAAUGGCAGCCUUUGAAGAAUUUCCCGACCCGGAUGUCAUCCUCCCUCGCAAGAGGCGGAGCAUCACCAUCAACCGCCCAGCCUUCACGGAAUUGGACUUCCAGGAGAUUCAUAAGGAGAAUGUCAAGGAGACCAAAUCACUCAGGACUCGGUUCACUAAGUUUCUGGGAAAGCACAAAUGUUCCACCAAAUCUGCCAAGGCCUGUUUCUUCACACUCUUCCCGAUAUUCGUCUGGCUACCAGCGUAUGACGUCAAGCGUGACCUGCUGGGGGAUUUUGCCUCAGGUCUGACCGUGGGCAUUAUGAGGCUACCUCAGGGUAUGGCCUACGGUCUCCUGGCGACAUUAGCUCCAGUCUAUGGCCUGUACACAGUCUUCUUCCCAGCUCUACUCUACGCAAUGAUGGGUACAUCCAGACAUCUCUCAGUAGGCAGUUUUGCUGUAGUGAGCAUCAUGACUGCGGCUGCCGUUGACAGAGUAGUGGAGGAAACCAGGCCUGCAGAGGGUCCUUACAACGAGGGGCUGGAGAGAGCCAAAAUAGCAGCUUCCUUGGCGUUCCUAGUUGGCAUAUUCCAGCUGGGUCUAGGAGUUCUCAGGUUAGGCUUCGUCAGUACUUACCUGGCUGAGCCGCUGGUCCGGGGCUUCACGACCGGUGCGGCAUUCCAUGUCUUCAACAGCCAAUUCAAGUACUUAUUUGGUAUAGAGGUCACCAGAUAUAACGGGCCUUUUGCAAUCUACAAGACGUUCUUCUUUUUGUUUGCUAAUCUGGCCUUGACCAAUGUAACAGAGCUCAUUAUAGCCCUGGUCAAUCUGGUUGCCUUGGUAACGGUAAAGGAACUUCAGGAUAAAUACAAAGAAAAGAUCAAGUAUCCCAUCCCGUUGGAACUCUUAGCGAUCAUUUUGACGACCAUGGUCUCCCACUUUGCAUCACUGGAAAAGAAAUAUGGUGCUAAUGUUGUUGGGGAUAUUCCUACUGGAUUGCCAACGCCCGAGCUUCCCAGUUUCUCACACAUGGAUUCCUUGAUCACAGAUGCCAUCAUCAUAUCCAUUGUUACAUUCUCUGUUUCCGUGUCGAUGGGCUACAUCUUUGCAAAGAGGAACAACUAUGAAAUUGAUGCCAAUCAGGAGCUAGUUGCCCUAGGGUCCAUGAGUGUCUUUGGCUGUUUCUUCGUCUGCUAUCCUGCCGCCUCCUCCCUGUCCCGAUCCCUGCUGCAAGAGAUCUCAGGCGGAAAGACUCAAUUGGCAAGCUUGUUUUCCUGCAUAUUCAUUCUGUUUGUCCUGCUAUUUAUGGGACCUCUGUUUUACUCACUGCCAAAGAGCUGCUUAGCUGCCAUUGUUGUGGUCGCCUUGCGAGGCAUGUUCCGUCAGUUUAGAGAUAUCAAAGUCUUAUGGAAGUACUCCAAAAUAGACUGCAUGAUAUGGGUGGUGACGUGGUUUUCCACCAUGUCGCUGGGCGUGGACUAUGGCCUAGGAGUAGGCGUGGUCUUUGCCAUUAUGACAGUCAUCAUCAGGACGCAGAAGCCGUACUGUUGCCUGAUGGGAAGGAUACCAGGGACAGACAUAUACCGAGACUUGUCCUACUACCAGAGUGCCAAGCAGAUCCCCGGAGUGAUGAUCUUCCGCAUGCACAGCCCGCUGUACUACGCCAACGCAGACUAUGUCAAGGCCAGCCUGUAUAGCAAGUCCCAGCUGAACCCAGUCAAGAUUCUGAUGGCGAGGGCUAAGGUCGAGUCUAAGAAGAGGAAAGCUGAAAGGCGGACAGAGAAAGCGGAGGUUAGGCGGAGGAAAAAGGCGGGCAAGAAACACACCAGACUUGAUGAAGAAGAGAUGUCUGCCAUGAAUGUGAGCGACACCACCAACCACCACCUCCGAGAAGAUGCCAUCGAAGUCAUCGACGACAACCGAAAUUCCAACAAUCGCCUCGGCAACGGGGACCACUUGAGCCUAGAGAUGGCUGCCGAAGACAAAACACAUUCCCUGGUGUUGGACCUGGGCUCGGUCAGCUUUCUGGACACGGUGGGGAUCAGUGCGCUGAAGAGCAUCAUCGCUGACUACGAGAAGAUUGGAAUCACCGUGGUCAUGGCACACUGUAAAGAAAAUGUGCGUGAGAUGUUACUAGGGAGUGGUUUCAUGGAACAAGUUGGACUAGAUAGGAUGUUUGUGACGUUACAUGAUGCUAUCCUACAAACAGCUAAUGAUCAGGAUGUGGAAGACAUGAGAGAACAGAAUGCCUGGGAGCACAUCCCUGGCGGAGGCGGAGGUGAUGCGGCCUGUGAAAUCAUGGCUAUAUAGGCGUAACCAUGGAGACCGUUACCAAGGUAACAACAUGCCAGAAAAUUCCACUCCAAAAUGAGACAUGAGCACGAAACGCCAGUGAUGGAUUUGUGCCAGCGCAAUUUCGAAAGUUUUAAUCACCUUAAAAACUUUCAAAAUCAAAAACCUUUUAUCAUAGAUUUAUCAUUUUAGCAAUAUUUUUUAAUCAUAUAUUUAUAUAGUUCUUUUAUGACAUGAUUUUUGUAUUAAUAUUUUGUUUUAAUGAAAAUUGUGUUUUCAUGUGGUCUUCCAACUCAGUCUUAGUUUAAGAAAAAAAAAA